AUGAGGUUGUGGAGGUUCUGCGUGCUGCUGUCGGCUGCAGUGGCAGCGGUGCCGCUAGUGGACGCCGGUAUCCUCUAUCCCAGGGAGUCCGAGUCCAGGGAGGUGAGGUCUCUGGACGGCCUCUGGACCUUCAAGCUGGACCCGGGCGACGAGGGCCACGCUCAACAGUGGUACGCCGAUGACCUCGCCAGGGUAGGAGAGGUGCUGGCGAUGCCGGUACCGGCCAGCUACAACGACGUGACGCAGCUGAAGGAGGUGCGCGACCACGUGGGUCUUGUCUGGUACGACCGGCGCUUCUUCGUGCCGCGCUCCUGGCAGUCGCCCAACACCCGCGUGUGGCUGCGCUUCGGCAGUGCAACCUAUGCCGCUGAAGUGUGGGUGAAUGGCAACAAGGUGAUGGAACAUGAUAUUGGCCAUCUACCAUUCCAAUCUGAAGUCACAUCUGUCAUUAUCUAUGGAGGAAACAAUCUAGUUACAGUUGCAGUGAGCAAUUUGCUUAAUAAUGUAACUAUUCCACAAGGCUCAUUUACAACACUGGAGACUACAAAUGGCACCAAGACAUACCAGAGCUAUACAUUUGAUUUCUUUAAUUAUGCGGGCAUUGAUCGGCCUGUUUAUCUCUACACCACACCAGGGGUCUGCAUUGAUGAUAUCAGCAUUACAACUGACUACUUACCUGAUGGGACAGGCUCUGUGCAAUAUAAUGUGACAGUAGAUGGUCAGUCUGCUGAUCUUGUUUCCUGUACUGUGUCCCUUCUGGAUGCAGAAGGCCAGGUUGUAGCCAACAGUACAGGUUUCUCUGGAGAGUUGACUGUCACAAAUGCCAAUGCUUGGUGGCCAUAUCUUAUGAACCCUGUACCAGGAUAUCUCUACACUCUUGAGGUUCAUGUGAUAUCUCCAGAUGGGGCAUCAGAUGAUAUUUACAGGCUUCCUGUUGGAAUACGGCGUCUCACUUGGGAUAGCUCAUCAUUUCUUAUCAAUGGCAAACCCAUUUACAUAAGAGGUUUUGGCAGACAUGAAGAUUCUGAUAUUCGUGGGAAAGGUCUUGAUCUUCCUUUGGUGACUCGUGAUCAUAACUUGUUAAAGUGGGUGGGAGCAAAUUCUUAUAGGACAUCACAUUAUCCUUAUGCAGAAGAAAUAAUGGACUUUGCUGAUAAGGAAGGCUUCAUGAUAAUUGAUGAGUGUUCAGCAGUGAACAUUGCAAACUAUUCGGAAGAUCUACUUGAAAAUCACAAACGCUCACUGACUGAGCUAAUCAACAGAGAUAAAAAUAGACCUAGUGCUAUCAUUUGGUCAGUAGCUAAUGAGCCUCUUACUGAACUAAAUGGAACAGAGGAUUAUUAUAGGAAAAUUAUCAAUCAUGUGAAAAGUCUCGACACAACUCGUCCUACUACAAUUGCUCAGUCAGAAAGCUGGUCUAAAGAUCAGGCAAGUCAGUUCUUGGAUAUUAUUGGAGUGAACCGUUACCUUGGGUGGUAUGAGAAUGGAGGGCUUCUUGAAACAAUUGAACCACAGUUCAUAAUGGAAAUUGAUAUGUGGAGAGAAAAGUACAACAAACCAAUAAUAAUUACAGAAUAUGGAGCUGAAAACAUUGUUGGGUUGCACUCGCAACCUGAAUUCAUGUGGUCAGAGGAGUACCAAGGAGCUUUAUUUUCUGCAUUCUUCAAAGCUUUUGACAAACUUCGAGAAAGAGAUUACUUUGUUGGGGAAAUGAUAUGGAACUUUGCAGAUUUCCAAACUGCUCAGAAUUCCAAACGUGCUGCAGGAAAUAAGAAGGGAAUCUUUACAAGAGCACGGCAGCCCAAAAUGACAGCACAUAUGGUGAGACAGCGGUAUUGGUCCCUUGCCAAAGAAGAUUAUAAUGUAACACUUCCUGAAGAUCUUAACCCCUAUGUUUGCAGUACUUGCUGA